AUGUCCCUCCAUCUCAAUGGUGUGGCUCUAGUCACCGGCGCAGGCACUGGCAUCGGGCGCGAGUGCGCGCUCGGAUACGCAGCCGAAGGCGUGCGCGGUAUUGUCUUGGCCGAUAGCGACUAUGAAACCGCCCUCGAUGCGGCGCAAGAAAGCGAAACCCUCGCAACGAACCCUUCCUUUACCGCCAUAGCGAUGCGAGUCGAUAUGACUGACCUGGUCAGCGUGGCAGAGAUGAUCGGAGCCAUAAUGCGAGUCUUCGGCCGGGUUGACUACUAUGUCAAUAUCACGGGAGCGCAGAAACGGUUGUCGACAGCCGCGAUGGAUCGAGAGGCGUGGGAGCGGACUCGACAGGCUAGCUUGGAGGGUACACUGCACGGAAUUCGCGCAGUCACACAGGUCAUGAGGAACCAGUCGCCUGGCAAAUACAAAGCGCGGGGACGGGUCCGGGAAGGAAGUCGUGGAACAAUCAUCAACGUGGGCUUGCGGAACUUGGUCAUGGCGGAGCGCGCAGCGCAGGAUGCAAUCGACGAGCAAGGGGUCCUUGACUUGAUGCGCAAGACUGCACUGGAGAACGCGGUGCAUGGUAUUCGCGUAAACGCGAUAUGCCCGGGGCUGGUUGAGAACACUGUCGAUCCGAUAUCAAACGGAACUGUGGAUUCCCAGGUCAUGAAGCGCAUUGUUCCACUGUCCCGUACAGCUAGGCCGGAGGAGAUUGCCGAUGUUGUUCUGUUCCUAAGCAGCCCUCGCGCGAGUUAUGUAACGGGCGCCGCCUGGGCAGUUGAUGGUGGCAUGGCAUUGCAAGCGAACACUGCACACUAG